AUGCGCGGGACGGGACGGUUUCUACUGAAGAAGAGGGGCCUCGUCUUCUCGGGGCCGUGCCGCGAUCCGCUUCCCGGACGCUUACGCCGGCGCUUUGCUAGUGGUGCUGGCGGCGGCGGCGGCGGCGGCGCCGCCGCCGCCCCCACCUGCGCGGCCAGGGGCUCCGACGUCGCUUCUUGCUUCCGCGGGAUCGAUCUCCGAUCCAACAUCGCGCUAGUCUACAGCCUUCUCGGGAACCGGAGGUUCUCCCCCGCACGGGAGAGCCUCAGAAGCUUCGUCUCCAAGAAUCGAGAUCAUUCUUUCUCCUCCGUCGCCUCCGCUGUGGACGUCUCCGUGGCGAGAAUUCGUAUUUCUUCGACAUUGGUGGACAUGCUCUUUAGGUCGUAUUCCGACGCCGGCAUGUUCGAUCAAGCUUUCGCGGCUUUCGAGUUCUCGUUGGAGAAGUUCGGUAGCUUCGACCAGCGAUCCUGCGACAUUCACUUCCGGAACCUCAAGAAGGCUCGCGAGUUCGAUCUCUCGCUCAAGUUCUUCCGUCGCGUACUCGAACUGAACGGCCGCGUCGCGAUUUCAGUACACUCGAUGGCCAUGGUGAUCGAUGGGCUCUUCAAGACGGGGAAACUCGAGCUUGCAAGGCAAGUGUUCGACGAAAUGCUUGAGAGGGGGCUCAGGCCCAAUAUCUACCCGUAUAAUUCAUUGAUUAAGGCCUACGUCAACGGAGGAGAUUUCGAUUCCGCUCUGGGGAUGUGGACCCUGGUAGACAAGAACGGCGUCAGCGGCAAUGCCGCGACCUACACGCUUCUCAUCGACGCCUUCACGAAAUUGGGAAAGAUCGAGGAAGCAGAGAAGCUGUUCGAGGAAAUGACCAACAAGGGGGUUCGUACAGACAUCCAAUUUUUCACGGCAAUGAUCGAUCUCCACUGCAAAUCUGGGGACAUGAAGCGAGCAUUUGUCCUCUUUGACGAGUGCGUCAACCAGGGGCUGUCGCCCAACGCUCACACCUACGGAGCACUGGUCAACGGGCUCUGCAAGUUGGGGCACAUGGAAGCAGCCGAGAUGUUGAUCAACGAAAUGCAGGGCAGAGGAGUCGACAUAAAUCUGGUGGUGCUCAACACCCUGAUGGACGGGUACUGCAAGAAAGGUAUGGUGGCUAAGGUUCUUCAUCUGCAGGCCGUGACGGAGAAGAAAGGCAUGAACCUGGAUGUGUACGCCUACAACACGAUUGCCUGCGCACUGUGCAAGUCGAAGAAGAUCGACGAAGCGAAGAGGCUGCUGCAUCUUAUGGUGGAGAGAGGGGUGUCCCCAAACACCGUGACCCUCACCACGCUGAUCGACAUUCACUGCAAGGAAGGAGAUUUAGUGGAGGCGAGGAGGAUCUUCCGAGAGAUGGAGAAGAGAGGGUCGAGCCCUAACAUCGUCAGCUUCAAUGCACUCAUUGAUGGGUACAGCAAGAAGGGGAGCCUGAAGGACGCCAAAAGCCUGCACGAAGAGAUGGAGAAGAUAGGAAUUUUGGCGGAUGUCUACACAUACACGUCGCUCAUUCACGGGCACUGCGUGGUUGGGAAAGUUGAUGAUGGGAUGAAGUUGUUCAACGAAAUGAGAGUGAAGGGUAUAGCACCGAAUGUUGUCACAUACAGUGCGAUGAUCUCGGGGUUGUCUAAGGAAGGGAGAUCAGAAGAGGCAUUCAGGCUGUACGAUGACAUGCUCGAGGUAGGGCUGAAGCCUGAUGACGCCAUGUAUUCAUCCCUUGUGGGUAGCCUCUAUGCUUAA